UGUACUUAUUUUACUAGUCGUGUUAUUAUCUUAGUGCUAUUAUCUUAUAGUUUCAGUGUGUUUUUCGCUAUUCGAGUAAUAACUUGUAUGUUACAGCAGAUUCUAUCGCAAAAUGAAGUUCCGCCGUGAGAUGUUUAUUUGUCCAUUGAUUAUAGCUUCGGCUAUAGCAAUGAUGCAAAUUACUCGUACGACUUUGGAGUCUUGCAAUCCAAACGAAUGGGUUAUGACAAAUACAACGUUAAAAAUGGGUAAUAACACGAAAAUGAUUACAUGUGACAUUACUUACAAAGAGGCGGGCGAUCCCGUAAUAUAUACGAUACAUAUUGUGAUAGAUGGUUGUAACAAUCGUACUGUAUGUACCGGCAAACCAAUAAUAUGGUUGGAAGAUAUCAACUGUGAUGCCAAAAAUCUCACAGAAUUAGACAUGAACGCUUGUAAAGUUGCAGAUGAAUUUGGAAACUUUGAAGAACAAAAAGAAUGGUUAAAAUUCCGAUAUGGAUUAGUGGAUGACGAUCUCUAUAAGUUGGUGUUUUGCAUACAUGUUGAUAAUAUUGAUUUUUCAAAUAAAUACUUUGUGAAAUGAUACAAAAAUAUAAAUAACAUUUUAAAUUGGUUCUUCAAACAUGUAUCUUCUAUAAUGUACUUCUUCUUUAAAUCUUCUUUAAUUAAACACAUACCUUUUAUUGUAAUGUAAUUAAAGCAAUAAAAAAUCACAUUUACAUUGCAAAA